UGUUCAUAGGAAGGUAACACCUUUAGAAGUAAGGUUCGAUAACCUUCCAGAACUCGCAAGUCGUGGAAAAUGAAAGAGCUGGCAUCAGUUUUUGGUUUUAUAGCCCUUUUCUUCUCAUCAUGCUGUGCGGAAGACCAAGAGGGUGAAUGUCUUUACAUUUCCCAUCUCAGCGGAGAGGACUCACCUCAAUGUGGUUCUUUUGAUGCACCCUGCCGAACAUUACCACGAGCGCUUCUCCUGGUUAACAAUGGUGGCAAAAUUUGCCUCGACGGAGCAAACAGUGAGUCAAAUCCAUACGAAUGUUUGAAAACCCACGGCCCUAAUGGAGCUGAAUUGAAAGUUAUAGAAAAAAGUGUAUCGAUACAAGGUGUGUCCUCCCCAGCGCACAUUUCAUGUGGCUUAAUAUUUGCGUCAAGGUUCAAAUAUGGUUUUGUCAAAGGAACCUUCUCAAACCUUGUAUUUAACAAUAGUAGGUAUGGAUUAGUUUUCUCCAAUGUGCCUUCCUACGAUGUUGUCAUUUCCAAAUGCAAGUUCAUCAACUGCCAGAAAGCCGUUUUUAUGCUAUGGGAAGGGACUUAUUCAAGCAUCCGUCUAAGGUCCUCACUUGAGGUUUCUGAUAGUGAAUUCCGCAACACUUUAUAUGGCAUCGAAUUUGGUCCGAAGUUCAGACAUAACUUUGCUGAGGUUUUCCUGUCAAACCUUGUAUUCGACAACGGAACUUAUGGUGUAGUCCUCGCUAAUGUGUCCUCCUAUAAUAUUGUCAUCGUAAAGUGCAAGUUAAGUAACUUCCAUAAGGCAGCCGUUCGUAUUUUAUGGAACGAGAUAAAUUCCAUCAUUCUUGAAAAGUGUAGUCUCGUAGCCACUGAUAGCGAGUUCCGGUACAAUGCAAAAUCUAUACUUGCUAUGUUGCCCAACGCUAUUGUGGAGACUAACAUAUCAAGAUGUCUAUUCGAAGGCGCAAAGGGACGUUUUAAAGUCACUUCUGAUCUUAGAAAUGCAACAGGUGCCGUGUUUGUCCGAUCACAAGCCAAUGUGGUUAUAACGUAUCCAAUUCAUGUAUUAGUCUCAAUCACUGAGUCUAUUUUCCAAGAGCUCGGCCACGAAGACAACAGCUUCGCGGUAUCAGUUACAGUUGACAACCUCUUUGGCAAUGGGAGUAUAUCAUUAUCAAACACGUCCUUUCUCAACAACGAAAAUUCUGUCUUUGUCCAUGGUGGACUUGGCCUGAAUUUCACUAACGUGACGGUGAAUUCCACAUACGGAUAUGCCAUUAUGGCCAGUGCUCCCCCUAAAACAUUAAUCAAAGCGCCAGGUGUGAGGGUUUUUCUUGAAAAUUGCAUCCUAGCAAACAACCGGAUUGGCAUAAGGAUGUCAACGACUACUUGUUUAGAUAAUACGGCUCGGUAUUGUUCAACGGGUGACCAAACGCUUAUUGUAAGAAACAGUCUUAUACUGGGAGGCAACGAGACAUUAGGCGCUGGGGAUGCAAUCAGAUUUGGGAUGAGUUUUCCUAAACGGAACGAUACUCGUGCAGUUCUGAAACCAAGCACAGAAGAGGUUUAUCUGUCACCAGAUUUUGAAGCAAAACUACUUCUUGAUAACGUUACUUUUCUGGGGUUACAUGACUGUGCACUGUCAGUUACUAUAGAGAAGAAUGUGAUUGGUCUGAUUUCGGUAAAAAACUGCAGAUUUCUCAAUAACACUCAGUUUGUGAAUCGAUUAGAUGAACGAGCAGCUAUCCAAAUUGAAUUUCCGAACGACGAUCCGCCAAAAUGUCCACGAACAGCGAAAGGAAACGAAAGUAAGGAACUGAUGUGGAACAAGAAGUCUGAGCUACCGGUUAUGAUUGAAGAUACUUCAUUUGAAAACAAUGUGGGCAUCACUGGAGCAAUGAACUUUUUGAAUGGCAAUAUCACUAUCAAGAACUGCGCAUUUAAAAACAAUGAGGGAGUGGCUUUAGGUGGUCAUGUCUACAUGAAGACAGGUUUCGGCAUUCUGAACAUCAAUAAUUGUAGCUUCCUACAAAAUUUAAUAGGUGAUUCCCGCGUGUCAGCUAUUGCUAGUUUUCUUCGAUCCGAGAGUGCUGGUCCGUUAAAGAUUCAAAAUUCGUCCUUUGUAGCAGACGUUAAUCAAGAAUUCGAUCCAAUAUUUGCAGCGACGAAAAGCAGUACGAUAGAGAUCGACAGUUCAACCUCCUUUAAAUGUCCAGAUGGAAAACAGAUCACGCUUGAAAACAGCACCCAAGAAGACGGUUUCGAACUCGUUAAAGGAAGUGAGACUUGCUGGAUAAGCGUAGCUUACGUCACAUUUUUUUGUGAAGAGUGUCCGGAUGGAUUCUAUAAUUUAAAAAGAGGAUCUUCCAAUGGUCUGGAUAUUCAGAAGGUAACAAAGUGUCAUAGAUGUCCAUAUGGCGCAACAUGUGAAAAUGGAGACAUUGAAGCCCAAGAAAACUUUUGGGGUUGCUACUCUUCACCAUAAUCAACUUAGCUGGAGUUUCAUCCCUGUCCACUGGAAUACUGCAAACCUCCAGCUCGUUCCAGUACUACCGCUUUUAAUGGUUGUCAUGGCAGCAGGACAGGAAUUUUAUGCGGCCAAUGCGCUGAAGGUUUCAGCGAAGACUUAUAUUCCACUUCUUGUCGAGAGAAAGAAAAAUGCAAUGAUCAUUGGUUUUGGAUUGCGAGCUUAAUUUACGUAAUAAUCUUGGCUCUCUAUCUUGUUUUCAAGCCUCCUAUCUUCCCCUGGCUGUAUCGGCAAUGCUUUUGGUUUAAAAGGAAAUCCAAUAGCAGCCAAGGACACGUAGCACUACAUGAAGGGAAUGAUGAAGAACACGAUGCUGGGUAUUUGAAGACCAUCUUCUACUUUUAUCAAGUUGCUGAAAUACUGAUGAUAAAGUCCCCUGAGGAAGCCCUUCACAUAAUUCCCUUUGUUACGCCAAUAAUCGCACUUUUUAAUUUCCAGGUAAAGACCAUUAACGGCAGCAUUGGGUGCCCAUUUCCUGGCUUUGAUGUGGUUACUAAAGAGCUGUUUUUGUGCUUGAAGUUCCUGGCGACUCUGUUCUCCAUUGCCAUGAUUUAUGCCAUCCAUCGAGUCAUAAGCAGGUUCCGG